UAGCAUUUAGCUUUUAUACUUGUGUGUACGAUCGCAAUUCAGCGUCAAAGAUUCGGUCUCGAAGAUUGAGCUUUGCAGGUAUUGAUAUCGUUGCGCAUUAUCGCGAUACUACACUAUUUCUGGAUUAUACAUUAACGUAACGUGUUUGCUGCGGAAACGUACGAAUUUCGGCUUUCGAUAGCACGGGACGGCACGGGCGCGCAUGUUGCAGCCAUAAUCCAGCCGCCGUAAUGAGAACUGAUCGCCGUCGCCGUCGUCACCAUCACCAGGCGCUUGCUGUCGUUCAACCUAUCUUCCACACUCGUUUACGUUUGCAUUGUUGGCGUUUGAGCGUUGCCGCGGAGGUGCCCGUGAAGAUGAUGCUCCGCAUCGCUGCGGAGCAGCAUUGUUAGUACGUGGCGUCCUGCAGCGUUCGGUAGUUCAUGGAUUUCGCGUAAACGAACUGUGAAGUGAAAAGAAAAAGAAAUAUAUAUACACAUACACAUACACAUACACACACACACACACACACACACACACAUAUAUAUAUAUAUAUCCUUGGAGACACAAUCGACGUGUUGUCAGUGUGGAAUCAAGAAGGACCUCACGAUUCAGAAAACGAAAAGAUGGAGAGUUCGGAGGAACCAACCAGUUUGCAGUCUAUAUGUCAUCUACAUGCUUCGGAGUUAUUUCCUAAGCAUGCGCAUUUCGAAUGCGAGGACGAAACGUUGACGAUUCCGUUCACACCAUUGAGUGGGGAAUCAGUCGUGGCAUUGGGACGGACAACAGAUGGUGUUUUGGCACUUUCAAAUUAUAGACUUUACCUACAAUUAAGUCAAACGUGUUACAACAUACCUUUAGGUCUUAUUGAGCAAUUAGAGGUCAAGGAAAUAUUUUAUUUGCACAUUGGUUGCAAAGAUGCACGUUCUUUAAGUUGUGCAUUUACUACAAAUGAGCACUGUUUAGAAUGGUUUAAACGAUUACAUAAAGUAACCUAUCCGCGAAAAAGUAUAGAAGAUAUAUUUGCGUUUGCGUACUAUGCUUGGUCUAUAGAAGAAGGUAAAGAUUAUCCCAGGCUUGGGAAAGAUAAUAGUUCUUAUAUUACCACAUUUAAUUCAGAGGUCGAACGAUUGAAAUUUAAUUUGCAUGGUACAUGGCGUAUAAGUCAAAUAAAUAAAGAUUAUCGGAUGUGUCCAUCCUAUCCGCCACAGCUUCUAGUUCCCGCUUGCAUUUCCGAUGAAACCCUCGAAUUUGUUGCCAAGUUUCGCAGUUCCAGACGAAUUCCAGCGAUUGUCUGGAGGCACGUGAAUAAUGGCGCCGUGAUAGCUCGCAGUAGUCAACCGGAAGUUGGUUGGCUUGGCUGGAGAAGUUCUGAGGAUGAAGAUCUUCUGAAAGCACUCGCGGACGCGUGUAGCUAUGAUAAAGGAGAAUCUACGAUGGUGGAUUCACCUGUUACGUAUUCCGACGCUGGCGACGAUACGCCGAAUCCUGCCAAAAAAGUUUUAAUUGUCGAUGCCAGAUCGUACACAACCGCCGUAGCAAAUCGGGCACGCGGCGGUGGUUGCGAGUGUCCCGAGUAUUACCCGAGCUGCGACAUACAAUUUAUGAAUUUGCCGAAUAUCCAUUCAAUAAGAAAAAGCUUUCAUGCUGUACGACAACUUUGUGCAUCGGACGCGGAUCAACCAAACUGGUUAAGUUUACUAGAAGGAACACGAUGGUUGCAACACAUGUCAGGUUUACUACGAGCGGCGGUCACCGUAGCAUCCGCGAUUGAGAGAGACAGUCGACCAGUAUUGGUGCAUUGUAGCGAUGGCUGGGACAGAACUCCCCAAAUUGUCGCGUUAGCCCAGAUACUACUCGAUCCAUAUUACCGUACUAUGGAAGGAUUUCAAGUUUUAGUUGAGAGAGAAUGGUUAGACUUUGGUCACAAAUUUGCGGAUCGAUGUGGUCAAACGAUCGGUUGCGACGAUCCUAAUGAGCGUUGUCCAGUAUUUAUUCAGUGGCUCGACUGUGUCCAUCAGUUAAUCUUGCAAUUUCAAUGUAGUUUUCAAAUGUCAGCAGCGUACCUAGUGAAAUUGGCCCAACAUACGUACUCACAAUUGUUUGGUACAUUCCUGUGUAAUACCAGGCAGGAGAGGCUACAAUUGAGAAUACGCGAACGUACGUUUUCAGUUUGGCGUUUUCUCAACUCGACUGCAUUUGUAAAUCAUCUGUAUUCGCCGUUAAAGAAUCAAGUAUUAUGGCCAAGUUGUAAUGUACGCGAUCUUGUUCUGUGGUCCGAAGUAUAUUUAGGCUCCAUGGAAUCAUCACUCGGGAUGAGAGAUGACAAGCAAAGAGUGACAAUGAUAGAUAUUGAAGGAGGCGAGAGCGAAGAACCACAAGGACAAAUGACUAAAACGAGAUCAUAUGGCGAUCUUAUGCACGCUCCCGAUCAUGCGGCUUUUCUGCACCGAAGACGUAGUGAUCCGAGUAUUUCUAUGGAGAAGAAAUUUGAUUCUUUAGCUCUUGAGACUGAGAUGGAUCAAAAGAGCGCGAAGAAUAUAAACGAUAUCAAGAGUCAAACCGUGAACGAAAACUUAUCAGAGACUGAAACCAGGACAAAACGAGAUAUUAAUCAAAUAUCCAGCGAUUCGCCCGCUAAUCCCUCGGUAGAUAGUUCCACUGAUACAUUGAUACCCAAUAACGAAUCUGUUCCAAUGGUGAAUAAUGAGAAAGAGGCGUUACAAAUAAAUUCGUCGCGCGAUAUUGUUUCACCAUGGAUCGAAACCGGUACUACUACUGCACAGGUUGUUUGUUCAUCAUGUAAUCGCAACGAGGGUAGCGAUGUGAGUGAUACCAGCGGCCCAUUGAUAUCAAGAACUCCCAGUAGCAUAUGUCCAGCCUCUCCAACCCAUCAGGAUAUUAUGCUAGAUAAUCCUGACUGGCUGGAUGAUGUCGAUGGUCUUCCUGUCAUAUGUUGUGACGUUCAAAUGCGAGUACAACAAAUUAUCGUAGAGCAUAAGCUCAAGGAAGAAGCCUUGAGAAAGGAAUUACACACGACAAGAUUGGCACUAAUCAAGCAAGUUUGCAAUCAUAACGCAGAUACCGAUCGUAUUGAUGAUAUCGGCUCAUUACCUGAUUCAGUGGGUAGCGCUGGUGAACAUGGGGAAUCACUACCGUCGGACAUGUCUUGGGAAGCUGUGGAAGAAUCAGGUUGUUCUGCGCCUACCUUAUGGGUUCCCGAUCAUGCCGUGACUCGGUGUAUGGGAUGUAACACAGAGUUUUGGCUUGGUAGACGUAAGCAUCAUUGCAGAUGUUGCGGCAAAAUUUUUUGCGCUGACUGCUCCGAAAACUCUACACCGUUGCCUAGCGAGCAGCUCUAUAAUCCCGUGAGAGUGUGUAUUGACUGUUACGCACGGCUGCGAGGUCAUCAUACGAACUCCUGCCAGUGCAACGCCCGAUAUCAGAAUGUCAAAACGGAGAACGAGACGGAUUCUUUCGAGUCGCAACAACCACUGACAUGUCAAAGGUCGAGGAAGUUGCCGCCCACUACGACAAAGGACUCUUGCUGCGACAAUCUGCUACAGGCAACGCAUCAAAAAUCCCAACCAUCUGUCGCAGCGGCAACAGUGAACUAAAGAAAAGAAGAAUUUGUGGGCAGACUCGAGCGAAGGAAAAAUAACCCGAUAAAAUCGCGUAUAACGCACUUGUCGUAUUCAUAAUUUAUAUCGCAUACAUAUGGCAUUCGGACUAAUGCGUGUAGGUUCUAAGCAAUCUAAUAUAUUUAUUGUUAGAUUAAUAAUUUGUACGAACAAGUGUAUAGUUGGUACGGAGCAAAGACGACAGAGAAUCAGUAUACAAGAUAUAAUACAAUCUUGUAGAGUUACUCGAGACUAAGAUUCCCAGAAACUAAGGAUCUAUUUCUUUAACAGGAAAUAGAGAGGGAAUCCUCCGAGUUUACCUAGGUUUCUCUGUGCUUAAUAUGACGAGAGGAUGAUGAGUGGCAAAAAGUCUCGGAUAGGCUGUGAUCGACAUCUCUAACUUUGUAGACAACUAUACUAUGAAGGCGAAGUGCUAAUUAAUUGUCAAUUGAUCACGAAGCGAGCGAUUGUUUGCUAACUAAAGCAAUUUGGGUCGAGCGAAACGAACGAAAUCGUAUUUCUUAUAUUGAAACGUCGAGUAUGUAUGAGAAUUGGGAUAUUAAAUGUCAUUAUCUCAUCACAAGCGUCUGGUAUUGAUCAGAUUCACACACAGAGGUGCGCGCGCGCCCGCACACACACACACACACACACACACACACACACACACACACACACACACACACACACACACACUAUACACAUAGUACCUGUAUUUUACCUUAUAUCGACCCUUUUUUUGUUAAUAUUGAAUCUAUUUGUAUGAAAAAAGACAUUUAUUAUGUUGUAUUAGUUUCUUGUAAAUGUUAUAUUUAGUUAAGGAAUUGGUUUUUGCACCGAGUGUGUUACAUAUAUUUGCUCCAUUGAUUGUUUUAACCCUUCUUCUUCCUUGAAAUAUCAUGCACUCUACAUCUCUGUACACCAUAGAAUUGGUUCAUUUUGACUCGAUCUUUUUUCUUUUAAUCAUAAAUAUUUUGCAAAUAAAUAUUAGGUCAUUUACGAAAUGAAGUAGAACUUUUUCUUUUCAUUAUUUCUGGUAUAACAAAAUGAUAUUUUAAAGUAUUCUCCAUUGUUAUUGACGAUCAUCAGAAAAUAUUAAGGUGGAUACUUAAAAAAUAUUUUAAAUAACUUCAAGAAAUAUUUUUAAAAAAGAUGUCUAAAAGACAUGUUAACAGAGAUUUUUAUGAUAUUCAUCACAUAAGAUAUUUUUUAAAUCACUGAAGACUGUAUUUCGCAACUUUUCAAAAAAAUGCAAGACACCUCAAAACAUAAGAUAUCUUUUAGAAAUCUAAAAGAUCUUUUUGUUUAUAUGUGUCCUAAACUGUUGGUAUUUCACUAACACCAUUAAGAAUUCCAUUUUCAUUCAAAGUUGUAAAAUGCUCAUACUACUUUAUUUCGUAAAUGACAUAAUAUAUAGGCGACACGUACUAAUUCUUAAAAAGUUUUAUUGUAGAAUGAAAAACCUGAAAAUGAGAAAGCAAUCUCAGACCCAAUCCUUUUAAACUUGAAAAAGUUUCUUUUUUAAAAUUCUGUAUGAAUUAACGCAAUUUAUUCGAAAUAAACUCAAGAAGAAUUCCUUUUCGAUAGUAUAAUUAAAAAAAGAUUCUAUAGAAAGUAUAUCCUUUGGCUUACAAUCAGACGUUGUACACACGUUGAAUAAAUAUUUCAGAAACACUGAAUUACAACAAUGCAAAAUAAAUCACACUUCAAAAUAAAGAUUUAACAUUGAAAAAGUAUUGCAGAAACAUCUAAUGUUCCUUGAAUUAAUACCUGAAGGUCUUGCGGAAAUUGCAUUUCAGGACUAACAUUCAGGACUAUUGUUCAAUAUUGAUUUAAUUUUAUGUUUAUUUAAUGUAUAUGCAAUAUGUAAGUAUAUGUAGGCUUCAUAUAUAUUAUGUACAUUAUAUUUGAAAAGAUUGAAUAAAAUAAAUGGGCA